AUGUCUGCUCGACCGCCGCCUGCCCGACCUCCGCCUGCUCGACCUCACAUCGGCCUCAACUCCUCUGGCCGUUUUGGAUCCUACUCAAUCUCAGACUGGGGCGAGGAUGACGCUUGGGACAGCGGCUCGGACGAGGAGUCCUCGAAGGUGGUAGGCUGGAGCUCAGGAGGGCGCCCCAUCACGUCUAGCACACCUGUGUCCGUGCCGAAACCGAAGUCGAAACGGUCGACGUCGACUAUAGCCUCUUCGUAUACCCAUGUCGAUGCUCCCAGUUCAAACAGCUACCCUCCGCGCACUGAAGACAUCCAGCCACCGCCGGCGAAGCAAGGAUGGAUGAUAGUCAGGACGUCAGCGAAGGGUCGAGGCAGCGUGGACAGGCACGACACCGAUGAAUUAAACAGUGAGGUCCACGCAGAUCCUGAGGUAGAGGGGGAUUUGAUACUUGGCGAUUUGGACUCAGAGGAGCCCGCGGUCGAGCACUCUACCACCCUUGUGCCCAUGGCGAAGCCCAAGCUCGGCUACGGCUUUAACUAUACCAGGGAGGAUGUUGAUGAUAUUGUCAAGGGUACCUCUCAUACAUGCCAUAAUCCGUUCGUCCGCCUCUCAUCACGCCCUAGAUCCCCUUCAUCUGGUCUCCCGUAA